GAGGACAGAUUUGCUUAUUUGUCAGCUGACGGGCAUGAAAAUGCACCACAAGCAUGGGUCCUCUGUGUACGCAUUCCAAUCACCGCCACGCGCUUUUUGCGCUGUACAUCUUUGUUCUUUUUACAAUUAUUAUUUACUUGACUGGAUUUUCGACUAAGUUACAUUUUAUGGGUGUCAUAGGAUGGUCACAAUCACUAACGGCUGUUUCUUCAGCAAGAAUAAUCCCAUGUAUGCCAAGGCAUAAUAUUGUAUUCUUAAAAACACACAAGUGUGCUAGUACGUCAGUUCAAAACAUAUUAAUGCGAUAUGCGCAUCAAAGAAAUCUAACCAUUGUUGUACCAGUAUUUCCAAAGAACCAUUAUUUCUCUUUGACACGACCAUUUCGAAAAGAAAUGGUUGCUGGUGCACCAUGGGAAAAUCUUGGUUAUAACAUCCUUUGCCACCAUAUGGUAUUCAACAAAGCUGUCAUUGAAAAAGUAAUGCCAAAGGAUUCAGUUUACAUUUCCAUCGUACGGAACCCAGUGAGCUUGUUUGAAUCUCUGUAUGAAUAUGAUGAAUUACAGGAUUUCUAUCAUAUGGAUAUAGAAGAAUAUGCAAAAGGAACAAAAAACUCAUCAAUUGUAAUGAAGCUAAGAAACCGAUCAAACGGCAUGGGCAGAAAUCAGAUGUUGUUUGAUUUUGGAGUUCACCCUUCUUUUUUCAAUAAUCGUGCAAUGAUAAUGAAAGCUAUAGAAAACAUUGAAAUGAAUUUUGAUUUUAUUAUGGUGGCUGAAUAUUUUGAUGAAUCAGUUGUCUUGCUUAGACAUAUACUUUGCUGGGAAUUAGAUGAUGUUGUAAGCCUCACAAUAAAUGCACGUAUGGGAAACUACAAAAGAAAUCUUUCCGAAGAAGCUAUAAAAAAUUUAGAAGAUUGGAACUGGGGUGACAAAAUGCUUUAUGAUUACUUCUUAGCAAAAUUUCAAAAAACUGUAGAUGAAUUUGGAAGAAAACGGCUGAAAACUGAAGUAGAGGAGCUCCGAAAAAGAAGAAACGAGUGGUUUGAAUAUUGCAUCCAACAGAAAGUUGAAGCAAAAAAUUUAACUUCAUACAACAUAUGGAGCAAUAAAGUAGCUGGAUACGUACUUAAACCAAAUAUAAACAAUAUAACUUGUGAAGAUUUAGUGAAGCCUGAAAAGUACUUCACAUCUGAAAUAAGACAGCAUCAACUCAUACGAAGCCUUCUUAAAGGAGCAACUUUUCCUAAUUAUGGACCAAUGUCUUUCAGACGAUUGAUUGAUUUAAAAUUUUUGAAAGGACAGGAGCAUAUAAUAGCAAGAAAUAUGUUAACAAAUCAAUAUAAAUUCAGAAGAAAAAAAUUUUCUCUCGUUAAGAACGAAGCAAUAGUAAAAAAAUAA